ACUCUGGUACAAGUAUUACAGAGUCAUAUGUUUCUCUUACGAAAGUAGUGUGAGACGGUACUGUCAAAUCCAGUGUCAUUCAGUAUUAUUCAUAAACGGGUAUAGUUUCAUUAAAAGAACGCAGCGAGUUCUAACUUUCGAAUGAUUUUCAUUUUAUCGUUAAAUCAUUUUUUGAUAUUCAUACUUUCUCAUGACAAUUCGUUUUAUUACACUUCGAAGGAUAAGUCUUAAACUAACAAGUUCUAACCUUAUUCUGACAAAUUAUUUAUACGCAAAUUUGUCCUUCAAAUGAUACAUUAAUACUUUCUCAUUGGGAUAAAGUUCAAAGUUUAUAAAAACUAUUGGAAUAUUCUUCAUGUUCAUUUAUUCUUGAAAUUAUUGUAUAUAACAAGAAAGAUUAGCAAAGAAAAUUAAGGAUUGCCGAAGACUCGCAUUAAGUUAUAGCAUAUAUGGUAAGAAUGAAUAAAAAACCUAACAGUGCAACAGCUCGCUUAAAGCAGGAUUACUUACGUCUUAAAAAGGAUCCUGUCCCAUAUGUUUUGGCAGAACCGGUACCUUCUAAUAUAUUAGAAUGGCACUAUGUAGUUAAAGGACCAGAAAAGACACCGUACGAAGGAGGAUUUUAUCACGGAAAGCUUAUAUUUCCUGGAGAAUUUCCAUUCCAACCUCCUAGCAUUUAUAUGACUACUCCAAAUGGUCGAUUUAAAGUUAAUACAAAACUUUGUUUAUCAAACACCGAUUUUCAUCCUGAUACAUGGAAUCCUGCUUGGAGUGUAUCUACCAUUCUUACAGGAUUGCUUAGUUUUAUGAUUGAAAAGAGCCCGACUUUCGGCAGUAUUACUACAACAGAUUAUGAAAAAAGGGAGUUAGCAAUGCAAAGUUUGGAAUAUAACCUACGCGACAAAAUGUUUUGCGAAUUAUUUCCAGAAACGGUUGAAGUUAUAAAAGCGGAAUUAGAACGCAGAAAAGAAUUAGAGAAACAAGCAAGGCAUCAGUCUACCGCUUCAGAAGUUUCUUCCUUAAUACGAGAUCAACUACAUAGAGAACAAAGUCCGUUACAUGGUGCGAUUACUAAUCUCGUCGUUUUGAUCGGUUUUGCAGCAUUUGCUUUCAUAGUAAAAUAUGUAUUGAGGAGCAUUGCCACAGAAUAUAGUAAAAGUGAGUAAAUCAGGUUUCAAAGAAUUCUGUAAGAAAAGAAGGUAGGAAGAUGACCACAUGCAUCUUACUUAAGGCUUCUCAAAACUUUGAUAUUUUGUAUGAAUAAUACUGAAUCUUAGAACAUAAGAAGAAUUUUAUUUAUAUCAUUUUUUCCUACUUUGGUUUGCGUUGGCACUUUUUCCAAAUAAUUUUGUAAAGCUUGUAACAAAGUGCAAACUAAUAUUCUGACUGCCUAAUAUCUUUACAUAUAAUGCCUUUAUAUAACUUGUUGUUACAUGAAGAUACGUUAUUAUUCAUACUACCAAAUAUAAAUUAUUUUUGAAUAUAUACAUUUAUAUUUGCGAUGAUUCUACGAUUGAAAAUAGUGAAGCCUUAAGGGGGAAAAAAAAAAGAAUAAAUAAAUAAAAAGGAAAGAAAAAGAUACAAAAAAAAAAAAAAAGAGAAUUUAUCGAAAAAUGUAAGCUACAUUGACUUGCCUAUUGAUCUAUGCCGAAUUUGUGUGGAAAUCUUUAUUCACUUUGAUCAAUAUGUUAGUAAUGGACAUUUAAUAGAUUUUUAUAUCAAGGGUAAUUGUAAGAUGCAAGUUGUACUAUAAUUCCUAAUUUUAAUGAUGAUGAUUGCAGUUAGCUGCAAUAACAGUCUUUCUACUUUAACAAUUACCACUCUUGAUAUAGGUAUGAAAUCAUUUUGCAUAUACUUAGAAUAUGAAAUAUCAUUAAUCGUUGCGACUUCGCAACUUUUAAUGAACAUUCAAAUUUUCAUUCUAAUGUUAUUAUUUAAACUUCCAAAGGAUAGCUGUUGAUGAACUAGAUAUAAUCGUAAUUCUUUUCGAAACGAUAUUAUUAAAAUCAUUCGAAUCGUAGAGAUUUAUUAUUAUUCAUGAAUUCUUAAAAAAUUUUUUUAAAAAUAAUCCGUGCUCUUUCCUCCAACUCUUCGUCGUGAAAGCUUGUUGCAAAAAAAUUUUAUUUGUUUGUUAAUGCUGAUUUCGUUGAAUUCGUUCGUUUUAAUUAUCAUUGAAUUUAGGUGUAUAUUUGGAAUUUUAUAUAAUUAAGUAAAUGCACAAAUUUAAUUGAACAAGUGAUCUUUGCCUCUUCGAUGUGCCAAUAUAGAACGGAUUAUAUAUUUUACGAACGUAUUAGUCAACUACACAUUUGAUUCAUUCAAUUAUUAGAAAUGAAAUGUAAAUAUAACUUAUAUUAGAUCGAUGAGGAGAUAAUUGAUAGAGGCAAAGUCGAUUCAUUUUGUUUUCAUAUUAUAUUUAUUAUAAUUAUUAAUAUAAUAAUUUCUUCCACUUAACAAGAGUAAAGUAUAAUCUAAUCUAUCGCUUUAAUCAAAUAUUAUCUAUCUAUCUUCCUUCAAAAUCCAUGAAUUUAUAUAGAAACAUUUUUCUGCUAUAGUUUCGAAUAUGUGAUUUUGCUAAUAAUGUAUAUCUAUAUCGUCGUUACUAUUACGUAUGUAAAUUUUUUAGUUAUAUACUUUUUUUUCUCUCUCUCCAUAUAAGGCACACUUCGUUGAUAAGACUUAUUUCAGCUGUACACAAAACCGUUCAAAUUUGAUUAGAUCCAUAUCCAAAGAUAAUCAAUGCUGCUUUCUCUCUGUUUAAAUAUAGAUACAGAUUUUUAAUGAAAUUAAAUCCCUCAUUCAAAAUUGUACCAUCGAACUUUGUAAUCUUUGGAAAUCACACAUUAAAAACACAUAACAUUAAUAAAUUUCUAUCGAAAAUAUUUAAA